UGGCUGCUGCUGCUUUGCUUCCGUUUGAGCUUCGGGUGAGGGUUGGCCUGUGUCCCUCUGGCAUAUGAGUGCCCUAUGGAGGUGCACCUGUUCUUAGUGUAUGUGUAUCCCCCACCCUUGCUUGGCUGUGUUGUAUCCUCCUCAUGUCCUACCUUGCUAGCAAAGAGCCUGGUUUUCGGAGACGGUUUCAGCUUAGUUUAAGUAACGGCCUAAAAAAUGGGUCUUGCUUCUUCUCUGCGACCGCUGUUGUUUUUGUUUGAAUGUUGUUUGUGACGCUGCCAGGUGAAAAGGGAGCUAAAUUUUGAUUUAAGAUUUUUUUGUUUCGUUUCCUUGUUCUUGAUAACCUCCUUCACACCAAAUCUUUUUUUUUUUUUUGCACUUCUGUUAGGAAGAGCCCUCCUUCCCCUGGAGGUUAAGCCCUGGGGCCUCCAAAGUGUGUCACCCUCCCGGUUGAGGCUAGACAUUAAUUUAAAUGGCGACUGAGCUGUCUGAAGCCGACCCCACCCACCGUAAGGCAGUUCCACUCUUAACAGGAGCUCCCCUGGACAAGUUGAGUGAGACAGUUGAAGACGGAGGAGCCAUGCCGAUCCGCCGGGCAGUGAACGCUUCUUCUCGGGAAACUCCUCCCAAAAGCAAGCCUGCUGAAGCGGAGGAGACCAAGCCAGAACCGGAUGUCAGUUCGGAAGAAUCCGCCUCCACCGUGGAGGAGCCAGAGAAUCAGGCUCCUCCGGCUCCCGCCGCUGACCCAGAGCAGCCGAAGGAGGCUGAGGAGGAGGAGGAGGAGAAGGCCGAUGUGAAGCCCGCCGAGGAAGCCAAGAAGGAGGAGAAGGACCCGGAGAAGGAGAAGGAGAAAGAGAAGAAAGUGAAGAAGACUAUUCCCGCCUGGGCCACCCUUUCGGCCAGCCAGUUAGCCAGAGCGCAGAAGCAGACGCAGAUGGCAGCUUCUUCCCGACCCAAGAUGGAUGCCAUUUUGAUCGAAGCCAUCAAAGCGUGCUAUCAGAAAGGUGGGGCGUCCGUGGUCGCCAUCCGAAAGUUCAUCAUCAGCAGGUACCCUUCGCUGGACCUGGAGCGGAGGGGGUACCUCCUGAAGCAGGCCCUGAAGAGGGAGCUGGAGCGGGGGCUCAUCCGGCAG